GAGGGUCUUAAGACAACACUGGCCCCACAGAGAAGUGCCAGGAGCACCAACAGUGUCCCUAGCUUGCUUUCCUCCUCCCUCCUUUUUAUUCUCAAGUUCCUUUUUAUUUCUCCCUUGCGUAACGCCCUCCUUCCCUUCUGCACCACUGCCUGCACCCCCACCCUCUCUGCCACCUCUUUGCCAUCCACUCCUGAGGCCACAGCUGUUGGCAGGGUCCCCAGCUCAUGCCAGCCCCAUCGCCUUCCUUUCUAACCCCCAAAGGGCCACUGGGAGACAUGGGGGACCGGGUCCGGGAGCCGGCACUCUCAGUUGCCCUCUGGUUGAGUUGGGGGGCAGCUCUGGGGGCUGUGGCUUGUGCUAUGGCUCUGCUGACCCAACAAACAGAGCUGCAAAUCCUAAGGAGAGAGGUGACCCGGCUGCAGAGGACUGGAAGGCCCUUUGGAAAUGGGGAAGGGUAUUCAUGGCUGAGCCUCCGGGAGCAGAGGCCUGAUAGCCUGGAAGCCCUGGAGGACGGGGAGAGAUCCCGGAGAAGGAGAGCAGUGCUCCCCCGUAAUCAGAAGAAGAAGCACUCAAUUCUGCACCUUGUUCCCAUUAACAUUACCUCCAAGGAGGACUCUGAUGUGACAGAGGUGAUGUGGCAACCAGCUCUUAAGCGUGGGAGAGGUCUGGAGGCCCAAGGAUAUGUUGUUCGAGUCUGGGAUGCUGGAGUUUAUCUGCUGUACAGCCAGGUCCUGUUUCAUGACGUGACUUUCACCAUGGGUCAGGUGGUGUCUCGGGAGGGCCAGGGAAGGCAGGAGACUCUAUUCCGGUGUAUACGAAGUAUGCCCUCCAACCCAGACUGGGCUUACAAUAGCUGCUACAGUGCAGGUGUCUUCCAUUUACACCAAGGGGAUAUUCUGAGUGUCAUAAUCCCCCGAGCAAGGGCGAAACUUAGCCUUUCUCCACAUGGAACUUUCCUGGGGUUUGUGAGACUGUGACUGUGUUUAUAAAGGUGGUUCUGGGUUUGGAAGACCAGGGUGGGUACAUAUGGGAGACAGCCAAAAGCUGACCAGACAAAGGACAGGGAAUGAGAAGGAACAGAGGCUUCUUCUGGGUUUAACUGGAACCCUGAGCUUGACAACUCAUGACUGUCUGUUCCUCCCUUUUCCCCUUUUGCCCCCAACCCUUUGACUUCGAUUUCAUGAAUAUUAAGGAUAUAGAAUAUCUUGCUUUUCUCUCCCGUCUAGCCCCAAAUUCUCGGGGCUGUGGAGGAGUGAAGAGAAAAUGCCAGGCAUUGUCUAGACCUGCUUCGGGUCCCACUGGAAUGCUUCCAGAACAGCACCACCAUCUAGCGGCAGUUUGAAAGAAUCAUCCUGUCAGUUGGCACAAGUCCACAAAGCUUCCCUACACUCAGGAAAACUCCUGGUUCCGUAUGCCACACCUCCCUCGAGGAACCCACUGUCUCUUCACCCCUCAAAAGGCCUCAUCCUCAUGUCCACAUUACUCUUUGGGUCCCCAGUUUUGCCUUUCAUGCUCUGCAUUCCCCUGGCGUGGCAGGCCACUCUAAGCCCCUCUGGGCUGAGACAGGUCGCCGGGGAGUCUUGGAGGAACCGUACGGCCUGAUGUUCGUCCUGAUGCACUCCUGAGCCCAUCUUUCUGCUCAAG